CUCACUGCAGUAAGAAUCUGAACAUUGCGGCAGAGGGAGGUAGCUGUCUGACUGCUGCAAGGAGCCCAUGAACAGACUCAGGGAAGAAGGUAUUUAAGUUAAUACACAACGAAGGGGUGCAACAAAAUCUAAUAUACAUCCUUAUUUUCUUCAGUGCCAACAAAGAAGAAAAAUGAAUUACUUGCUGCCAGCAGUGAUUUUCUUUUUUGUACUGCAGGCAUCCAAUGAGCAGAAAAUCACACGUCUCACAGCAUGUCUAACUGGACGUGGUCCAAAACUAAGGAUUGACUGCCGAUAUCAGAACGUUACAAACAAUCCUUUAAAAUAUGAAUUCAAACUGAAACGUAAUAAAGAGCCCGAGAUCAUUCUUUCUACAAUAAACCUUAACUUCUUCACUGACAAGUAUCACAACCGAGCCACUAUUUAUACAGCACGUGGUCUUGUUCAGCUGCACAUUGAGCGAUUCAAUGCCUCUGAUGUUGGCCUAUAUUACUGUACUCUAAACAUUCCAAAUGACAUCACAGUCAACCAAACAGCCAAGAUCAGUGUCCAAAAAGACAAACUGGAGACAUGUGGUGGAAUGAGCAUUUUUUCCCUUUGUACACCGUGGCCUCUUCUUCUGCCCCUCUUUCUGCCUAUUCUCCAAUCUGGGGUUUCCUUAUGCUAGUAAAAAUUACCCUUUGAAGAAAAAAAUGUUGAAUAUCGACAUGGAGAAGAUAAGUGCGAAUUUCAUAUUGUUUUAUAAACAUCCCAUGUGCAUUAUACUGAGCAUAUUCUAUCCCCUUUAAGGCUGGGUUCACACCUCCGACGGAAGCGGCACACAGCAGGGGUCCUGUGCGUCCCUGUUCUCCUUUUCAGGGUCGAAUCAGGGCUGCAUUUUUGCCUGAAUUCGGCCCUAAACCCGGGUUCACAUUAGUGCCAUCUCAGACAUGGCAUGUGAUUCGCACCUACACCGCAGGUGCCGAUCACAUGCCAUGUCUAAGCAAUGCGAGUUCAGCCAUACAGUUGUAUGGCUGAACUCGCAUUGGAUUCGCACAGAAAAAGGUGCAGGAACUUGUUUUUUCCCUGCAUUGAAAUCGGAUCGCAUGGGUGUUCUCACCUAUGCAAUACGAUUCCUGUAUGAAUCCACAGUUCACACUGCAAUCUGUGAACCAUUCUGGGGGUGUCAUUAACAUUGUAUUGAUACCCGCAGCAGUUUGCAGAAGGCAGCAUGAACUGCCUGCGGGUGAGAUGCGAUGCGGGAACCACUGCUGAAAUCACACCAGUGUGAACCGCGGCUCCGCAGCCGCAACGGACAUAUGUGAACCGGCUCCAUAGAGAGCUGGUCACAAUCUCCUGUCAUGCAAAUUGGAUGUGGAGAAACCUGCAUCCAAUUCGCAUAGGUGUGAACCCAGCUGGUUCCCACAUCGCACCAGUGUGAACCUAGGCUAAAUUUAUAUGGCAACAUAUAUCAACAUAUAAAUGAAAUAAGUUCUUUGUGUAACCCAAUAAAGCAAAUUAUUCAUUGUACAUUGCAGUAUUGCCAAAGCGGUCCCUUACAUAGGGCCUGGUUUAUUGCUGGACCAUUUCAUCUUCACAACACCUUUUGUAAGCCUAGUUUUUUCAGCGCUCCAGUCAUUGGCUAUGCUGUGAUGCAAAAACCCAUUGCCCUCAUAAAAUACAAUACAAACCUAUAUAAAUACAAAAAAAUAUAUGCUUUUUAAUCUGUUGUCCCUGUAUUAUGACAAGAGAAAAAAUAUAUGACCUUCUAAAGGACUAUGCAAUUGGCAAGCUUACUGAUUGACUGUUCUACGGGUGAAGGGGCAAAACACAUCUUACAAAUCACCACACUCAUACAUUUUCUACAAUGUGUUCUGUGCAAUUCAAUAACUUUAAAAUAAAACAUUCAAAUACAAAAGGAUUGAUAAAAAAAGUACUAAAUUUAACAACUAAGAAGUACUGAAAAACAAGCCAUAUUACUUGACAAAUAAUGCAACAGAUAUAUUUCUUAUACCUGACAAUGUCAAUAGAAAAAGUGUAUGUUCAGCCAACAUGUUUUGUUUCUUUUGGUUAGAGUAGGUAAUGGUCAAGAACCCUGACAGUUUAUUUUUUGCCAUCUAUGUCCUGUUGAGAUUUACCUUCAUGCUCUGUCCUAGAGACACAGCAGAAAGAAAAUUCCCUUCUUAUUACAUAGAAAUCCCCUCCUAGACAACUGACACUAGAACAGGUUUCCCGUUAGAUGAUUUCCCCUCACCUCAUUUUUCUGUGUAAACUCAAAAAUGUUGAUUUGCCAUCACUUUUUGUACCAAAGACAUUGGCCACUAGGAUAAAUACAGAGGAUGAAUAUUUCCAGCUGAGACACAGACAAUAAAAACCAAACCUUUUUCAAUGUAUAAAAUUAUUUAUAUUAUUAUUAUUCUGGAGGAAUUAUUAUAACUUUUAUUUAUUUAUUA